AUCCCCCAUUCUGCUUGAGCUCAGAGGGCCUUGCAGAGGCAGUGUGACCUUGCUGCAGGUGGCUUGUCCCUUCCAAGGCCCUGUCCUCCUGUGCAGGGGCUACAGCAGUCCUGUGGCAUUAAAUUUGUGUCUCCCUGCCUUUGGGGCAAGCAGGGACAGGGCUGCACCGUGGAGGUGCAGAGCUGUUGGGAAACAGGCAGCAGGGUGGGUUUUGGGGGUGUGGGUGCAGCGAGAAGCAUGAAUGAUGGCAGUGUGCUCAGCACGGGAGUGGGGCCAGCAGCCCCACUGUGCCUGUGUCCUGCGGGGCCGUGUGCCAGGGGCCUGGGCAGGCAGGAGCCGCUGCCAGGGCGGAAGCCGGGCCCAGGCAGCGUGGGAUGCCGGGACAGCACAGGCUGUUGGGGAGGAGUGUGGCCCGGGCUGGGCAGAGUCCAGCUGAGGCGCUGCAGCUGGAGGCAGAUUACUAUGGCAAAGAGCUGCAGAAAUCAGAGGACCUCAAAACCAAUGCGUGCAUCACCUCAGCCAGGCCCCUUCCCAAGAUGGUGAGAGAUGCUCUGGAGCACAUCCAUGAGGAGGUGGUGGCCAGGUACUACGGCUGUGGUCUGGUGAUCCCUGAGUGCCUGUCAUCGUGCCGGAUUCUGGACCUGGGCAGCGGCAGCGGCAGGGACUGCUACGUGCUGAGCCAGCUGGUCGGGGAGCAGGGCCACGUCACCGGGAUAGAUAUGACCGAGGGACAAGUUGAGGUGGCGAAGAAGCACAUUGCCUACCACAUGGAUAAGUUUGGCUACUGCAAGCCAAACGUGGAGUUCUUCCAUGGCUACAUGGAGAAGCUGGGUGAUGCCGGACUGGCUGACGAGAGCUACGAUAUUAUCGUCUCCAACUGCGUGAUCAACCUUGCCCCUGACAAGAGGGCUGUGCUGCAGGAGGCCUUCCGUGUCUUGAAGCCCGGGGGAGAGAUGUACUUCAGUGAUAUCUACGCCAGCCAGCGCCUGAGCGAGCCCAUCCGGAAGCACCGGGUGCUGUGGGGAGAAUGCCUGGCAGGAGCCCUGUACUGGAGAGACCUGUACAGCACUGCUGAGGAGGUGGGGUUCAGCGCCCCACGCCUGGUCACCGCCAGCCCCAUCACCAUUGGCAACAAGGAGCUGGAGGCCGUCGUCGGCGACUGCCGCUUUGUUUCUGCAACUUUCCGCCUGUUCAAGGUGCCGGCUGGCAGCCGGGCCGGGCCAGGACAGGCCAUCUACAAUGGCGGGAUUGUGGGGCACGAGCGAGAGCUGGUGUUCGAUGCCAACUUCAGCUUCAAGGAAGGAGAGGUGGUGGACGUGGAUGCUGAGAUGGCUGCGAUCUUGCAGAGCUCCAGGUUUGCAGAGGAGUUCCUGAUCCGAGCUGGUGGAGCAAACACUGCAGCACUGCAGGGCUGCUGUGGCAAGGGAGUGAAGGAGAAGAUCUGCGAUCCCUUCCAGCUGCUGGAGCGGCUGUCAGCCCCAGGUCCUGCCUGCUGUCCUGGUAGCACCUGUGGUCCCCCAGGGUGCUGCUGAGUGGCAAGUGGUGUCCCCACACCACUGUUGAAAGUCAGUGGGGCGAGAGGAUGUGACCCCAGUGACAUCUUCCACCAGAGAGCAAAUACAUGUCUGAGCUCAAAGGCUGUGUGCUUGUAUCCGCCGCAGGGCUGGGGCAGACUGUGCCUGGUUGCAGUGAGGACCUGUCCUGUGGGUCCCCUCACUGUGGGGCUGGCAGUGGCUGCUGGCUUUGGCACAGGCAGGGACAGUCUCUGUCUCGCUGCCCGGCAGCCUGUUCCAGGAGAUGGGGAUUGCUCUCACUUUCUCUGUGCAGCACCACUGAGGUUUCUGUUUUCCCCUGGACUCCAUCAAGCUGGAAAGCCCUGAGUCACCUGCAGGCAUCGCACCUGCAGAGUUUUGCAGGGAAAUAUAGCAAUUCUGGAAAAGCAGAAACACAUCCAGCUGCAUCCCACAGCAGGCAAAGAGCAAGAUGGAAGGGAUUUUAGGCUGUGGUGGGAGGUGAUGGGCUGCAUCCCCGCUGUCCAGCAUGAAUCCCACAGGACCUAGCCCAUGGAAGGUGUUUGGGAAAGGCUGGAGGUUGCUGAACAGCUAAACCUAGAAAUAAGGGAUUAUUUCCACCCCUCCUCACACAGUGCUUUUCCAGCAGGGACCAAAUUU